AUUGACACUCGAAAAAGGAAGGUUUUGACAAGCUAUUAUAUUAUAGCUUUAUUAGACACUUUAGGCACUUUCAGCAAUAAAUAGUUCGGUUUUUAGCUUCUAGAUGCCUAUCUUCUAAAAAGAAAAGAAGUAAAUUAGGCUCAUUUGACAAUUGAAUAGCUAGUUAGUUCAGUUUAACGAACUAUAUUCAAACACAAACUAUACGUGUUACAAAAACUGGAACCAUAGAACUGAAGACUUUCGUUGAUUUAUUUUUAUCCAGUGGGGAAAAUCUACUAAAAUGGCUUGUCUGUGGCUGGUUGUACUCGCGAUACUGACCAUUAAAUGUGAAGGGAAAUUUCAAAGAGACAGGCUAGAAGUUAAAUUUGGUACAUGGGACCGAUUUCCACUUACUUCAACUGAAGCCAAAAAGCAAGGUUGGAAGAUCGAUGCAAGCUGUAAAGACCCUAAAGCCAACUUUUUCAAAGGUUUUCGUUAUGUAAAGGAUAAUGAUAAAACCACGCGAAUUCUAUACGACUGUCAUGGACGCAUUGCUGGGAUACAAGCAACGUUAAUCCCUCCAUCUUCAUACCCAACAAAGUUCAACUCUGCCCCUUGGGUGAAAAAUCMAGAUGGGAGCAUCAGUGCUACAGCGUAUUUUCGUGACCCUAAAAAGAUUUGCAACUGUAAAAAGUGCASUCCURGACCACAAGGACUGUUAGUUGGCGAUCGUAUUUGGAUCCAAGAGGGAGAUGUUAAAGAUGAGAAAUUCUUUGAGUUACCAAUCCAUUCUAAGGAUAUGAAAAAYACACCUUGGGUAGAAGGGAACUGUUUUACAUAUAUGGGUGUCCAUCACCAUUAUAACGUUUCCAAGUCUUUUGACUGUGACUAUGCUAAGCCAGUGUUCCUGAUUUCGAGCAAGAAAACUGGCGAUGUCCAUGGUUUUGGAUGGGGAGUACCAUUCCUUGUCAGCAGUGAAAGAUGGGAAAAACCACGCCCCUCAUUGUUUGCGAGAUCAGUCAAGGCAGAGAACCUGCCACAGUGUCUAAGCGACUAUAAAGUUGUGUCUGUUCAACACAUUUACUUUGUAGAAGCCAGAAAAAUAUUUUGUUGAAAUKAUGAAUAAACUUAACUAAAUCAAACUUGGGAGUUGUAAACUUUUARGUGUAAGAUCCCUUGUUGAUUAAAAAUAUAUCUAUUACCUC